AUGAGUGUCGAAGAAGUCAAUAAAGCUAGAACUACAGUUCCUUUCACCAGAGAACAAUUAGAAAGUGUCCUUAGAGGUAGAUUUUUCUACGCCCCAGCUUUCGAAUUAUACGGUGGUGUCUCCGGUCUAUAUGAUUAUGGUCCACCAGGUUGUGCAUUCCAAGCUAACAUUGUUGACGUCUGGAGAAAGCAUUUUAUCUUAGAAGAAGAUAUGUUAGAAGUCGAUUGUACCAUGUUAACUCCAUAUGAAGUUUUGAAGACCUCCGGUCAUGUCGACAAAUUUUCUGAUUGGAUGUGUAGAGAUUUAAAGACUGGUGAAAUCUUCAGAGCUGAUCAUUUGGUUGAAGAAGUCCUUGAAGCUCGUUUGAAGGGUGACAAGGAAGCUAGAGGUGUUGUUGAAGAUGCCAAUGCCUCUGCGCAAGCGGAUGCCGACAAGAAGAAGAGAAAGAAGAAGGUUAAGCAAAUCAAGGCCGUUAAAUUGGAGGAUGCCGUUGUCGAGGAGUAUGAAUGUGUUUUGGCCAAGAUUGAUGGUUACUCUGGUGAGCAAUUGGGUGAAUUGAUGGUUAAAUAUAACAUUGGUAAUCCAGUCACUGGUGAACCACUGGAACCACCAAAAGCUUUCAAUUUAAUGUUUGAAACCGCCAUUGGUCCAUCCGGUCAAUUGAAAGGUUAUUUGAGACCUGAAACUGCACAAGGUCAAUUCUUGAACUUCAAUAAAUUAUUGGAAUUCAAUAAUGGUAAGACCCCAUUUGCAUCCGCCUCCAUUGGUAAGUCAUUCAGAAAUGAAAUUUCUCCAAGAGCUGGUUUAUUAAGAGUUCGUGAAUUUUUGAUGGCUGAAAUUGAACAUUUCGUGGAUCCAUUAGAUAAAUCACAUCCAAAAUUCGAUGAAAUUAAGGACAUUGAACUUUCAUUCUUGCCUCGUGAUAUCCAAGAGGCCGGUAAGACUGAGCCAAUCGUUAUGACUGUUGGUGAAGCUGUUUCUUCUAAGAUGGUUGAUAAUGAAACUUUAGGUUAUUUCAUUGCUAGAAUUUAUCAAUUCUUAAUGAAAAUUGGUGUAGAUUCAACAAAAUUGAGAUUCCGUCAACACAUGGCUAACGAAAUGGCUCAUUAUGCUGCUGAUUGUUGGGAUGGUGAAUUGAAGACAUCCUACGGUUGGAUUGAAUGUGUCGGUUGUGCUGAUAGAUCAGCUUUCGAUUUGACCGUUCAUUCUAAGAGAACUGGUGAAAAACUAGUUGUUAGACAAAAGUUGGAAACUCCAAUUGAAGUCACUCAAUGGGAAAUCGAUUUGACUAAAAAAUUAUUUGGACCAAAAUUCAGAAAGGAUGCUCCAAAAGUGGAGAAAAUCUUAUUAAACUUAUCUCAAGAGGAACUUGCCGCUAAGGCUGAAGAAUUGAAAUCCAAUGGUAAGAUUGCAUUCCAAGUGGAAGGUAUUGAAGGUACUGUUGAAUUAGAUGACAAGUUUGUCACUAUUGAGAAGAGAACAAAGGUUGAACACGUCAGAGAGUUCGUUCCUAACGUUAUUGAACCAUCUUUCGGUAUUGGUCGUAUCAUUUACUCUAUUUUUGAACAUUCUUUCUGGAACAGACCAGAAGAUGCUGCCAGAGGUGUUCUAUCUUUCCCACCAUUAGUUGCUCCAACUAAGGUCUUGUUAGUCCCAUUAUCAACUCACAAGGACUUGCAACCUGUUACUAAGGAAGUUUCUAAGAUUUUAAGAAAGGCACAAAUUCCAUUUAAGGUUGACGAUUCUGGUGUUUCCAUUGGUAAGAGAUAUGCUCGUAAUGAUGAAUUAGGUACCCCAUUCGGUAUUACCAUUGAUUUUGAAUCCGCUAAGGAUGGUUCUGUCACUUUGAGAGAGAGAGACUCAACUAAGCAAGUCAGAGGUUCAGUGGAAGAAAUCAUCAAUGCCAUUCGUGAAAUUACUUACAGUGGUGUUUCUUGGGAAGAAGGUACUAAGAACUUAAAGCCAUUUGUCUCUCAAGCUGAAACAGCUGCUGAGUAA